ACAUAACUCACACGAUGUUGAAUUGACCACAUGAAUACGAAUAUCCUCUCUUUCUCUCUCACUUUCAACUUUUCCACACACUCGUGAUUUCACCGCUCCACAAUUUCAUAAUCUUAAAUAAACCGUUUUCUCCUUCACUUUUAAUUUAAUAAUAACAAAUCACCGUUCCGCCACCGCGCUUAUUCCAAACGCGCUUUUCCGCUAUGACGAGAAUGAAAAAACUCAGCCUCGCCGCUGGUGCAGUAAUCGCCACCACAUACGGUGGCACUUUGAUCCUUCAAAAUCCCUCAAUCUCCUCCAGCGACUCCGGUUCCCUUCAAGCUCUUCGGCAGAAGCUACACGCUCCGGAUGCCAUUGUUCCGUCGAGGGAAACGCAGCAGUCGGUGUUGAUAGCUGCCAGUAAGGCGAAUCCUCUUGAUGUUCUUGUUAUUGGCGGUGGUGCCACUGGUGCCGGUGCCGCGCUUGAUGCCGUGACACGUGGACUCAAGGUUGGGCUCGUUGAACGGGAGGAUUUCGCUUCCGGAACUUCGUCGCGAUCCACGAAGCUUCUUCAUGGAGGUGUUCGUUACUUGGAGAAAGCCGUCUUUAAUCUUGACUUUGGACAAUACAAGUUAGUACUUCAUGCACUUGAUGAGCGUAAACGGGUUAUUGAAAAUGCACCACACCUAUGCCAUGCAUUGCCGUGCAUGACACCGUGUUUUAGCUGGUUUGAAGUAGUGUACUACUGGGCGGGCUUGAAAAUGUACGAUUUGGUCGCAGGAAGACAACUGCUGCACUUAUCAAGAUAUUAUUCUACAAAAGAAUCUGUUGAUCUCUUCCCCACUCUAUUAAGGGAGGGAAAGGAUAGAAGCCUAAGGGGCACAGUUGUUUAUUAUGAUGGGCAGAUGAAUGAUUCACGUCUUAAUGUUGGAGUGGCUUGCACUGCUGCUUUAGCUGGUGCGGCAGUGCUUAACCAUGCGGAAGUGGUAUCCUUACUGAAGGAUGAUGCUGGAGAACGAAUAAUUGGUGCACGAGUUCGAGAUAAUUUAACCGGAGAGGAGUUUGAUACAUAUGCAAAAGUGAUUGUGAAUGCAAGCGGGCCAUUUUGUGACGCUGUAAGGAAAAUGGUCGACAAAAAUGCAAAAGAAAUGAUUGCUCCUAGCAGUGGUGUACAUAUUACACUCCCUGAUUACUAUUCUCCUGAGGGAAUGGGCUUAAUUGUUCCCAAAACUAAGGAUGGACGUGUUGUUUUCAUGCUUCCAUGGAUGGGACGAACCAUUGCUGGAACUACAGAUUCUAGUACUAGCAUUACAUAUCUUCCAGAACCGCAUGAAGAUGAAAUACAAUUUAUAUUGGAUGCAAUAUCUGAUUACCUUAAUGUUAAGGUUCGCCGCGUUGAUGUUCUUUCUGCUUGGAGUGGCAUUCGCCCAUUAGCAGUGGAUCCAACAGCAAAAAGUACUGAGAGUAUCUCAAGGGACCAUGUUGUCUGUGAGGAUUACCCUGGUUUGGUCACCAUCACCGGCGGCAAGUGGACUACCUAUCGUAGCAUGGCAGAAGAUGCUGUUGAUGCAGCUAUAAAGUCUGGAAAGCUGACCCCCGCCAAUGGAUGUGUGACCAACAAUCUCUGCAUUGUUGGUGGUGAAGGGUGGGAGCCUUCUUCUUUUACAGUUCUUGCUCAACAGUAUAAGCGCAUGAAAAGUACAUAUAGUGGUAAAGUUGUCCCUGGGGUAAUGGACUCUGCUGCUGCAAGGCAUUUGUCUCAUGCAUAUGGAACAUUGGCUGAGCGUGUGGCUGCCAUCGCUCAGAAUGAAAAUUUGGGCAAGCGACUUGCCCACGGUUACCCAUAUCUGGAGGCAGAGGUAGCUUACUGUGCUCGUAAUGAAUACUGUGAAUCUGCUAUCGAUUUCAUUGCAAGGAGGACUCGUCUUGCUUUCCUUGAAACUGAUGCAGCAAGAAGGGCAUUGCCUCGUGUGAUCGAAAUAUUGGCAAAUGAACACAAAUGGGACAAACCAAGGCAGAAGGAAGAGUUGCAGAAGGCUACAGAUUUUUUGAAGACUUUUAAAUCCUCAAAAAAUGCCCAGUUUCAUGAUGGGAAGCACAGUUAGUUGAGGACUUUGAUGAACCUGAAAGUUUUCACAUGACAAACAUUUUGGUAUUCAUUUCCGCUGAUCAAUUGGUGAAUAUGCCCACUAUAGAAAGUGGCUAUAUACAUUUAAAAUCAACUUCUACACGAAUUUGUCUCGAAUUUGCCUGCAAAAAUAAUGCUUGCAAGUUGGAUAGAUUUUUUUGCACAGUUACCUGCCAUAAUAAUUUUCUUGAGAUUGAUUAGACUCUCUACCUCGCCAAAGUUGUCCACGAGAUAAGGACUUGAGGGUUAUGUUUUUGGUUUGACUCUGAUCUGUACAUUUUGUUGUCCUUUUCUCCAUAAUAUUUGAUGUCAAUUAACAUUGAAAAUUUACUCAAGCGAAGGAGUGCUUCAUGAUACUUCGAUAUGGAUUGAGAUUAUCUGCAUGUUAAGCUUUGUUACAUUACAUAUAAUAGAAAAAGAUAGUAGGUUAUUUUA